AUGCACGUAUUACUCCUUGGUGCCUCUCGCAACAUUGGUUACUUUGUCGCGCAACGCCUCCUCGCAAAGGGGCAUACAUGCACCUUGUUACUCCGCAAGCCCGACGUGAUGGAGUCUGACCCGUCUAUGAAGGGCUACAUCCAGAGUGGCUUGGCCAAGCUUGUACGUGGCGAUGCUCUGGUCCGGGAAGAUGUCCAGAAAGCGGUCAACACGGCCAACGCCGAUGGGAAGCUAGAGUUGAUAUUCUUUGGUAUCGGCGGCGACCCAUCGCUCUCACUCACAAAGGGGUUCGUUAUCACCCCAGCCGACGUUACCACACGAAGCAUGAACGUCCUUCUCUCUAUCAUCAAAGACUCGAACAUUAGACCGCGGCUUGUAACCGUCACUUCGAACGGGCUCGACGAGCGUUCUCAUUCGCUACUCCCCUGGCCACUCAAGGCAUUUUAUUCCGGGCUGUUGAAGGUGCCUCACGAGGACAAGAUCGGACAGGAGAACACUAUUAAUCAAGCCACGAAUAUUGAAGGGUGGUUCGAUCCGAAGAAUGUAGUCAUCGUGCGGCCAGCUCUGUUGACUAGCGGAGCAUGUCUGGCGGAUAAGGACUCGGAUGCGUAUAGAGUUGGGGAUGAGCUCACAGGCGCUUGGACGGUAUCAAGGGCGGACGUCGGGCACUUUGUAGUUGAGAAGGUGCUGGAGGAUUGGAAUAGGUGGGCGGGGAAGCCUUGGGUAGUUGCGUACUAG